UGUGUUAAAUUGAGAAAACGGCGUGUUUUUUAUUUGUUGAUUCUCAUAACGUGGACGAGAUCAUCGUAAUUGUAAAAGAUGUAUUAAAUUUUCCGAUUGUAAACUCUUUGAAAUUUAUUGUUUCUUUAUUUAUAUCAAUUUAUUUUAUUGAAUAUAAAUUUGACGAACAUGGGAAUUAGAAAUUGACAAAGAUUAGGAAAUAAAAAUGGAUAUUGAAACUAUUCAAGGAUUUUUAGACCAUACAAAUCCUUUGGCUCGUCAUCAAGCCCUUCAAUAUUUUGAACAACUGAAAGAAUCGGAAGAUGGCUGGAAAUUAAGCAUAAACUUAUUAUCUAAUAUUGAUAAAAAGCAAGAUCAAGUAAAAUUUUUCUGCUUCCAAGUUGUUUUACAUUUUGUUAAAAACAAAUAUCCAUAUGUAAAUUCUGAGCAGCAGCAAAUCGUACGAGAUUUUGUUAAACAUUGGAUUCAAACACAGAGUACAUCAUGUCAACCUGACGGCUCUUUAAUUCAAAACAAAGCUUCUCAAAUAAUAUGCAUGGUUUUUCUUAUGGAUUUUCCUACUCGUUGGCCUACAUUCUUUGAUGAUUUAUUACAAACUCUUAAUUUAGGAAUAACAUCUACAAUUAUUUAUCUUCGAAUCUUAUUGACAAUCAAUUCUGAAAUUGCCGACAGAGAAAUUUCUAGGACUCAGAAGGAGCUUGAAACUUUCACCUUUAUAAAAGACACAAUGCGAGAAACUUGCAUUACAAAAUUAGUAGAUUCAUGGCAUCAUAUAUUGGUUACAUACAAAAAUGUUGAUACUGAAAUUGUAUGCCUUUGCCUUGAAGUAAUUGGUGCUUACAUAGCAUGGAUUGAUAUUAGUCUAAUUGCCAAUGAUCGUUUUGUCCAAGUAUUUAUUUCUUUUCUGUCCAUUCCAAAACUUCGAGAAUCGACAUGUGAUUGUAUUGCUCAAAUUAUCAAUAAAGGAAUGGAUCCAGUUGCGAAAGUAAAGCUUGUGGAAUCCUAUGCUACUGUCUUGAAGCAAGCUGGUGUAUUAAAUUUUACUGGGAGCCCUGAUGAUGAAGACUUUAUGGUAAAGCUUGCAUCUUUGGUAAAUACUAUGGGAACUUCUAUAUUAAACAGUUGGACUAGGCUUCAUAAAUUAAAGGAUACAGCAGGAAUGACUGUUGUUGCCAAUGCUAUUCAUGAUAAAAUUGAGCUUCUUUUAAAAUUUUUAAAUAAUGAUGAUGAUGAAGUAUCUCAAGGUGUUAUUGAAUUUGCUCGGGAAUAUUUGCAAUUUUUGAAAAAUAAAGCCAGUGCUGGAGUGUACACAGCUUCCGAUUCUGUUAACGUUGAGACUAUUUUGUUUAUAGUAAUAAAUAAAUAUAAGUAUGAUCCGUCAACUGAUUUUUCUUGCCAGGAUCCAGAAGACGCUUUCUUUCUAGAAUAUAGGAAAUCUUUAAAAGUGCUGUUUGAUAAUUUAGCUAUGCUGGACUUGGAUCUUGUAUUUUCUCGGACCAAAGGUGUGAUUACACAAACUUUAAACCAGUGGAGAAACCUUCCAUAUAAUGAUAUUGAAGUAGCUAUUACUUUUCUAUAUCUUCUUGGAGAAGUUGUGCCUAAUUGCCAAGGGAAUCCAGUUGGAAAUACAUCUGAUAAAAAAACAGAAAUGAAUGAAAUGCUUCACUUGUUAGUCACUUCAGGUGUAAGUAGACAAGGUCAUGUAGCUGUUAUUCUUCAAUUUUUUGAAACUGUUGUGCGUUUUGAGAAAUUUUUUAAUCAAGAACCUCAUCAUAUCCCUGAAAUACUUGGAGCAUUCCUGGAUGAAAGAGGGCUCAGAAAUAGUGAUUCUCAUGUUAGAAGUAGAGCUGCUUAUUUGCUUUCCAGAUUUGUUAAAUGCCUAAAGGGACAUAUGCCAAACUACACUGGAGGAAUAUUGAAACAACUGCAAGAUUUACUUGAUUUACAAAUUCCUGUUAAUGGAGUUUCAUCCUCAUUAGUUUCACCGGAUGAUCAACUCUACCUCUAUGAAACUGCUGCUAUACUUAUUGUGUCAGGCAAUUUUGGUCCUGGAAAUAAACAGGCUAUCCUGAAAAGUUUGCUUCUUCCUGUUGCUCAGAAGUUUGAAAUGUUGCUACAGAAGCUUCCAAAUACUUCUGAGGAAAGACAACGCAGAGAAAUUGCCAAAUGCAUGAAUCAUGCUAUUGCAGUUACAAGUCGCACCAGUAAAGCUUUUUCUAAUCAACAGACUAUGAAAAGCAAUGGAUGUGUAGAAGUGUAUUUGCAAGCUUUACAGAUAUUUCUAGGGGCUUUAAAUCUUCCAUAUGAACAAGCAACAUUACAAUCUGCAGUGAGACAGUAUCUUCAUCGAAUGGUCGUAUGCUUAGAAUCUGAAGUAUUACCAUAUUUUCCUAUUGCUGCAGAACAACUGCUGAAGUCUUCUGAUAUACGUAGUAUACAGGAGUUCAUACCUUUGAUUAACCAAAUAAUUAUGAAAUUUAAGAAAGAGGUUAUACCUUUUGUCCAAGAAAUUUUUAUGCCAUUCGUGACUGCAAUCUUCAAUAGCUUAUCUGUUCCCAUUGAUGAAAAUGAUCAGCCAGCUCAAAGUGAACGCCAGUUAUUGCAGCGCAGCUACUUCCUCUUUAUUGCCGCCAUAGUAACUAACAACAUUACAGAAGUCAUUGCUGCUCAAAGUAUGCAGAACUUGGAGCGAGUGCUAUUAACAGUUAUUCAAGGUGCUGUUGAUUAUCCUGACCCUGUUGCCCAAAAGACUUGUUUUAGUAUUUUGAAAAAAAUGGUCGAAUUAUGGGGUGGAGAUAAUGGAAUGGCUGGUUUUGUUGAAUUCAUGUACAACCACAUUGUGCCUGCCUGUUUCAUGGCUCCUCUUAAAGAAACUUUUGAUCUGAAUGAUGCUCAAACUAUUUUGGCUCUUUCUGAAAGUGCUUUAUGUUUAAAAACUGUGCUCGAUAAAAGAGGGGCUGAAUUUGUGACAUAUCUAAAAAGCAGGUACUUGCCCACACUUAAUAUUUCACCAGAAAAGAUCGAAGAAUAUUGUCAAGCCUUAGCAUCAGAUUCUAGAGCUUUUAAAAAUUAUUUAAAGUUUUUCUUUCAAAAUGUCAAGACGUAGCAAUGAAGUUUCCUAGAUGUUUGUUUAUGAAAUAAAACAUUUGUAAAAUUUAUGCACAUAAGAAUAUUGUUGGUAAGCAUUUGUACAGUGUAAAAAAUGUAUGAAAUAUGUUCUAACUACUAAUUCAGCUUCCAUGGAUGAAUAUUUUUUUAUCAUUUUUAUAUAGAUUGGAUAAAUUUGUUGCUUGUUCAUGUAAUAACUUUCUUCUCUGAAGAAAUUCAAUUUUACACAUUUUUUUUUUUAACCAUGAAUGACAUCUUCUUAAGUGUAUCGUUUUAUAUUAAAUAUACUUUUAUUUUCUCCUAAUGCUCAAUUAUGUAGAUGCCUUUAUACAGUUCAAUAGAAAUAUUUUUUAAUUUUUGUUCAAAUACUAACACCUUCAGUACUGAUGUUGUUGAAUUUUUAUGUGCUUUAUUUAUGAAGUGCUUAUAAUAUUUAUUUGGAACUUUAAAUAUCUUUGAUAUAUUAUUAUAAUUGCAAGAAACAAAGUUUGUUGAUUCCAUCUUUAUAAACCAAAAGUUGAAAUUUUUUUUUGUUUUCAGUCCUGAUGAUGUUAGAAAUUCAUUGAUGGUCAAUUUCGUUUCACUGAGGAUUUACAAAAAGUGCCCCAACUUUAAAAAGUUAUACUUACACAUAUACAUGUCAUAAAUCCAGCCUUGGUUGAACAAUUAUUACUAAAUAUAUGAAGUGAAAUUGCAAGUUCUCUGUAUUCUAGGUGAUCUCUAUCAAAGUCUUAUAAUAUUUAUUCAGUUUUCCAUAUGUCAAAGUGGAUGCAGUUCUUCUGAUUUUGAAUUUGCCAAUAUUUACCAGUUGUGGUAGAGAAACAUUUUAUUAUUUAUGUAUAUCAGAGAAAGACAGGAAACAAAAAAUCAUAAACAGUUAGAUCCGAACAUAACAAAUUUAAUCUUUCUGUUGUGCAGCUAUAAAGAAUGAACUCUUGUAGUAUAAAGAAGGAUGCUUCUAUAGAUAUUCCUCAUGAAAUAAACAAAGCUUCCAAGCAUAUCCUUUGUAAUGCUUUAUUUAAAAACUGUUCUAAGUGGUUUAAUUGUGAAGUAAAACUUUUCAAAGUUAGGAUGCACUUGUAUAAUUAGUCAGUAUUUAAUAGAACUAGGCAAUUUAACUUGAGAUUAUGCAUAUUGUUCUUCAUAUGUGCUGAUUAUGUCAUGGAAUCAUAUUUCCUACACAUUUAUUAUAAAUUGUUUAUAUUCUUAGUAACAUAAAUAAAAGAAAUAGUAAGUGGUAUAGUUUAUUUUAAAAGGGUGCAUCAUCAUUUAUUUGACACUUUCUGAAAUUUGUGAAUUUUAUUUUAUCUAUAAGAUUAUUAAUACAUUUUUUUUCUCUAUCUGAAAGGAAAUUAACAGAGAAAAAAAUUGCAUCACCAUAUCCAACUGAUUUUAGCAACAUCAUCAGUAAUCAAAUUCUUUUAGCAUUACUCUUGUUAGUAUGUACAUUAAAUCACUUUGAUUAUAAUGCUAGAUGUAUUAGUAAUUAUGAAUAUUGAGUUGCCAAAAAUUAUAUCUGUUAUAUUAAUAAGCAAUUUGACUACUAAUAAUGUUGUUAAAAUGAGUUGGAUAUAGUGAUUCAAUUUAGAACUGCCAUUUUAUGGAUUUGCUAUCAUAAACUGCCCCUAGUUGUGUAUAAUUUACAGUCUGUAAUUGAGACAUUUGUGACCUUUUGUCACAAUGAACUAUUUAUAUUGCUAUAAUUAAUUCAGAGAAAAUGCAUUAUUAUAACUUUUUCUGUGUUGCUUUCUGGAAAUUUCCAUAUCUCUUGAUGUAUUUUGGAGUUGUUCUGUUAUUGUAUCUAAUUAUCAGUAUAAAUUUGAUGGUUGAUUAGGUUGCUUUGCCUUAAUAUUACAACUUUUGUCCAUACUGAAAAUAAUUACGAAAUUGUAAACUUUUGUUUCGUUUAUUUGUUAUAUAUGCUGGUAUGAAAAUUAAUGAAUGCGAUUGCAUAUUUUAGCUUAAGCAAUAAUAUUCUCAUGUGAUGCUUGUAUCUGUAAAGUUUUUAAAAUCCUAUUUAGCAAAAAUUUGAAAAAUAGGGAUCAUGGAAUGAUGGAUGAGUCUUACAAAACCACUUUUAUUUUGUGUAGGGAAAUUUCAGUGUAAAAGAAAAUAGAAUAUUUCUUAGGAAAUAUUAAAAAUUAUUGGGAGGAAAGUGACCAGUUGAAAUUAAAAUAGUUCUUUUUUUGACUGCUUACUCCCCUUUUUUUUAAUUAAAUUGAAUAAUUGUGUAAAACAGUUUUUGAAGUUCAGCAAUUUGCUGUGAUCAAAAUUAUUUUCUAUAAGGGAAAAAAAACAUCCAUUUUAAGUGUUUCAUUUUGAAAAUGUAUAGUAACAGAAAUGUGAAAUUUCCUAAAUGUAUUAUAAAUAAUUAAAUAACUUGAACAUUCAGAUUUCAUUUGUAGAAGAUAUGUUUUUUACAUUGUUUCCCAAUUCUGAAUUUCCUAGGCAUGCCAAAUAGUCAUUUUAUUUUUACUCACACCUCAUAGACUUAAUGUCUAAAACAUAAAAUAUUCCUAUAAAUUGUAAACAGCAAAAAUAUUGAAGGUCAUUUAAAUUCUGAUUGAAAUUAAAUGUUUAAAUUUAGAAUAUCAAAUUGUAAAUGGAGUUAGUUCUGCAAGAUUUUACAUUCUGGUUAUGCUUAAACAAUUUUCAACUUCAUUAUAAAUAAAUCAUUGUUACUUUUUUGUCAUUCUGUUAAAGAAUUCUUUGAUUUUUUUUCCCCCCAAAUUUGUAACUACUGCAAAGUAAACAUUUCCUAGUAAAAACUCAAGCCUUGUUAAUGGUUGCUACUUUGUUUUCAUCUGUGAUUUUUACAGUGAUACAUUGUAAUAAAAUAAUUUAUUCAUAUAUA